AUGGCUGACAUUCUUCGUUUAAAUAAAGAAAAAGAAUUAAAUCAAUAUUUAUCUCAAAUUCAUGAAAAUUUUGAAGAUGAUGUUGCUGUUAAUGAUCCAGUUUUUAAUAAUAAUACACUUGUUCACGAUAUACUUAUGAAUGAUACAAAUGCUGCUGGUGCAGAUGCUGGUUGUACAUUAGAUGAUGAUACACUUGUUGAUAAUUAUAUACUCGAUGGUGAUGAUUAUAAUUAUAAAUUCAUAUGA